AUGCAUGCUCAUCAUACUGUGUCAUUAUUUUCAUUUUCAAGUACAGUAGUUCUCACAAACUUUCCUGGCAUUUGUAGUGUUGUUUCUUCUUCUUGUUCGUUGUCUUUCCGUACCUUUCCACUGAAUACGACUAGUGUCAGAGCCUCCUAAUUGACUAUGUCUGACUCUUUAGACGCAGUUGGCCAGGUUCUCAACGACUCGGCCAAGCCGUUGAGUGACCGUUUCCGAGCACUCUUUACUCUGCGAAACCUGGGUGGCUCAACUGCUGUCAGCCACAUUGCCGCAUGUUUCUCUGACUCUUCAGCCUUGCUCAAGCAUGAGUGUGCCUACUGUCUGGGUCAAAUGCAAGAUGGAUCUGCAGUACCAGUGCUUGUCAAAGUACUGGAGGACCGUGAUCAGGAUGUGAUGGUGCGGCAUGAGGCUGGCGAAGCACUUGGUGCCAUUGGAGAUCCAUCAGCUUUGGCGAUCUUAGAGCAAUAUUUGGAAGACUCGGCAGUAGAGGUGGCAGAGACCUGUCGCCUUGCUCUUGAUAGAAUUCAGUGGUCUGUGAAUGUUGCCUGUCAGGAAAAUGAUAAGUUGAGUACAAACCCGUACAAGUCCGUGGACCCAGCACCGCCAGCUGUGAAAAGCGAGGACGUUAACCUGGAUCAGCUGCAGCAAGAUCUCAUGAAUACAUCUCUUUCCCUGUUUGACAGAUACCGUGCACUGUUCUCAUUACGCAACCAUGGUGGUCCUGAAGCAGCGAAGAAAAUUGCAACUGGGCUGAAGGAUACAAGUGCCUUGUUCCGUCACGAGAUUGCUUAUGUCCUUGGUCAAAUGCAAGAGGAUUCGGUUGUUGCUGCCUUGACUGAAAACCUGAAAGACUUGGAAGAAAGUCCAAUGGUGCGACACGAGUGUGCCGAGGCUCUUGGGUCAAUUGGUUCUGAUGAGUGCACACCCAUCUUGCAGCAGUAUCUCCAUGACAGUGAGCAAGUAGUGAGGGAAAGUUGCAUUGUGGCGCUCGAUAUUCGGGACAGCGGCGCCAGCGGGGAAUUUCAGUACGCCAACACACUGUCCAAGGUCAAUUGAUCAGUUUUCAAAUUUCCUGGUCUGACUGCGUGUAGCCGACAAGCUGUCAAGGUCAAUUGAUCAGUCUGCAAUUUCCUGACGUGACUGUGUGUAGCCAACACGCUGUCAAGGUCAAUUGAUUAGUCUGCAAUUUCCUGACGUGACUACGUUCAGUCUACUUCUAGAAAGUGUCAACACUGCUCCAUCCAUCCAUCUGCUAAGGUGUGCAGCACUUGAAAGUCUGGCGGGUUCCAACGCUAUACCGUCGUGAGAACAAUCAAUCCUUAGGCAUGCACUGCACCUUGCACGAGAAGUGAUGUGUGGCUGUUCGCCAUGUGCUGUUUGGGCAGAUGGCCGGGCUAUGUGGUGGUCUCUUCUUCGGGUGCGAUUCAUCUGCACCGAUAUUUUUGUGGACUUAACCAGACAUAAUCCGAAAUAUUUUCAAACUAUAUUAUUGGACACUCGGCCUUGACCGGACAUAACCCAACCACCUCCAACAAUUGGUCAGCAUUCUUACCAAUCUGUAGUUGCCUAGGUAACCUAGUUUUAACUUACAUUUAGCAUAAUCUAGUUAGCAGCUGAUGGAAUUCUUCUAAGCUCUUUCAGCAAUUUAUUCCUCGAUGCUGAUGACAAUUCAUUUGGAAGGAUUUUGUUAGGAUCUCACUUUCACCAGGAAAACGAUUUUAUUUCCAAUUCAAAUUUUUUAGUAUAUCCAUGAUUACCGAUCAUA